AUGAAAUUCAAUAACCGCAUCAUCCUUCUUCUUAUCGUUCUCUUCGUGUUGGUUUCAUUCGUUGCUGCACAAGGAGAUGGCAAAGCACCAGAAGAUGGAAAAGCACCAGCUGAUGGCAAAGCACCAGAAGACGGCAAAGCACCAGAAGACGGCAAAGCACCAGAAGACGGAAAAGCACCAGAAGACGGAAAAGCACCAGAAGACGGCAAAGCACCAGAAGACGGCAAAGCACCAGCUGACGGCAAAGCACCAGCUGACGGCAAAGCACCAGAAGACGGCAAAGCACCAGCCGACGGUAAAGCACCAGCCGACGGUAAAGCACCAGCCGACGGUAAAGCACCAGCCGACGGUAAAGCACCAGCCGACGGAAAAGCACCAGCCGACGGAAAAGCACCAGAAGACGGAAAAGCCCCAACAGGAAAAGGCCCAGAUGGUAAAGCACCAGCACCAACACCAGCCAAGACCCCAGAUGCCAAAUCCCCAGCACCUUCUGCCAAAGCCGCCGCUGCCGCUGCCAACAAUCUUAAAUCCGAAGUUGGAGUUUCAUUCGCAGCCAUCGCUGUUCUUGGUGCCUUAUUUGCUUAA